UGCUGUGUUGUGUUGUAGCGCUGCGUUAGUAAAGUAUUUUAUAAGCUGCUCUGUACCGAUGCAAUCUGCUACAAUCGAGAGAAAGACAAUCUACUUGACUCUGCUACAUAAAUUUGACAAAUUGUUCACAAAAGUUAUUGCCUUAUUACAGCAUGGAACUUGGGGCUCAGCUGCCAAGACAGUCAUAAAGAAAUGUUCAGUUAUUUCGUGCUAUGCUUUGAGCUUUCACAACUGAUUCCAACAAAAUGUAACAAAGUCCAACAACGAACGUGUUUACUGAUGGCUUCUGCAGCAGGCAUCGAAACUUCGAAAAAUGCAACAGAUGAAAAUGAAAAGAUGCGCAUACUGAAUGAUGUUGUUUCUUACAUUCAAAAAUGCGAACGAAUAUACCAGGAAAGCGUUCAAGAUCAGCCCCAAAGUGGGAAGACAGAUCUCACCUUGCCAAUGUUGAUCUGCCUUGAAUUCGAAGCAAAAGCAAGACUAGGUUACAAAAGCACUGAAACAAUCAUUGACAAGGCUAAAGAUCUACACAGCAUUGAUGCCAAAACGUUCGAGACUAUUGCAGCAACUGCUUUAGAAAUCUCACCCAAGCAUAAUCCGGAAGGGAUCAAAGCGCUAAAAAUGGCUAUCAAGUGUCAUCUUGAAGACCAAAGAACUGACUAUUUGCAACUUAGUAAAGAUUUACACACACUGGUCAAUAUUUCUAUCAAUGAAGGUGGAAAUAGCAACCCUCAGAGCAAAGAGGAGACUUACCAAUACUACCAAAACAUUUUGGAAAUCAUUCAGGAAGCUCCCAAGAAUUCGUAUCCAGAAAUGGAAAUUCUUUGGCUUAUGACAAAAGCAUGGAACUGCGGAGUACAUCUUUUCAGCGCACACGAAUUUGACGCAUGCGAACGAUGGUGUGGCAUGGCUAUGAAAUUUCUGGACCAGCUUGAUACUUUAAAAUCCAACUAUACAUCACAUAUGACAUCCGUAUUUGCUGAAAUAUUGGAAAAGAGAGAACGCACAUCUAUUCGCAGCCAAGUUGAAGAAUGAAAACAAAGCACUUAGAUUCUUCAAUCCGGAGAGAUUCAUCAACCUUGUUUAAAUAUAAACCAUUCUGAAUUUGUGGUUAGAUUCAAAGAAGUUUAUCUUAAUGUUGUUGCAGCCAUUUGAUUUACUUCGUUUGCUGUAAGAACUGUUGCAUCAAAUGAAUUGCUCC